AUGGCGAAACCUAUAUUCUGUGCCACGCACCCACGUGCCUGUAGUACAGCUUUUGAACGUGUGUUCAUGACCAGGAAAGAUUUGACCUGUGUCCAUGAACCUUUUGGCGACGCAUUCUACUAUGGUCCGGAGAGGAUGAGCGUUCGCUAUGAAGAUGACGAAGAUACAAGGAAAGCAUCGGGAUACAGCGACUCGACUUACAAAACAAUCUUUGAUCACCUGGAACGCGUGGGAACCGAGGGGAAACGCGUCUUUAUCAAGGACAUCCUCCAUUAUCUGGUUCCUCCCGACCAGCAGCCUCCGAAAUUGGCUCCAUCGUUACAGUCAGUGAAGCGAGGCAUCGGAACUCAGAAGAUGACCAACAACAUCAAUGGGGUCAACGGUGCCAACGGCGUGAACGGAACCCAUCAUGUGAAUGAUACUCAUGGCACCAAUGGUGUCAACGGUGUCAACGGUGUGAACGGAACUCACCACGUCAACGGGAUCAACGGCGUGAAUGGUGCUCAUCAUGUGAAUGGUGUAAAUGGAACCAACGGCGUUAGCAAGAAAGCACCGUUUCCAUUUCCGACGGAAGGCGAACCGGGAAAUCCUACAAUCGUCCCCAAAGCCUUGCUCGACAAAUUCCAUUUUACGUUCCUCAUCCGAGAUCCCCACUCCAGCAUCCCUUCCUACUAUCGCUGCACCAUUCCACCACUGGAGGACCUGACGGGAUUCCACGAGUUUUACCCGAACGAGGCCGGAUAUGACGAGCUUCGACGCUUUUUUGACUAUGCCCGGGAGGUUGGGUUGGUGCGAGACAGGAAAGACGGGCUGAAGAAUGGAAUACAGAGUGGUAAUGUCAUGAAUGGUGCCGCCGAUGUGCCUGAAGUGUGUGUCGUCGAUGCCGACGAUCUGUUGGACGAUCCCGAGGGUGUUCUCCGGGCUUACUGUCAGAGCGUGGGGCUUGACUUUCAUCCUGACAUGCUGAACUGGGAUAACGAGGAGGAUCAGCAGCGUGCGAAGACUGCGUUCGAGAAAUGGAAGGGCUUCCAUGAGGACGCCAUCGACUCAACAGACCUCAAGCCGAGAACUCACAAGAAAGCACCAAAGACCGAAGAACAAUGGGAUGCUGAAUGGAAGGAGAAAUACGGGGAAGAAGCGGCCAAAGUGAUCCGGAAGACCGUCGACGACAAUAUGGCCCACUACCUUCACCUGAAGCAAUUUGCCUUGAAGCCAUGA